AUGGCUAAAAGAAGAAAAAAACUUCAAGAUCUUGCAUUUGAGACCCAGGAGAUUGGGGGAUUGCAGAAGAAGCGAAAUAAAGGGGCAACUGACUCUGCACUGGAUGCAGCGCUGUUUGAGUGGUUCACGCAAAGCAGAAAUGGUGGCAUACCACUAUCUGGCGAGAUAGUGAAAAUGCAAGCUCAGAAACUGUCCCAAGAUAUUCAUGGCCCUGACGACACAUUCAAGGCCAGCGCAGGCUGGUUGUGGAGAUUCCAAAAACGACAUGGUAUUAAGUCGUUUACAGUGACCGGGGAGCGGAGAUCGGCUGACGACGACGCUGCUAACACGUUUCCCGCCAUCCUAAGAGAGCUGAUCAAGUCCGAGGGGUAUGACUUUGUUCCAGCUGUCCAUGACCAUCUCCGAUCACGGAAGUUGGAGGAGAAAGCCAUCCUCCUAUUGGAUAACUGCCCCGCUCAUCCCCCAGCAAGUACUUUGCAGUCGCAUGAUGGACUCAUAAAGGCAUUCUUAUUGCUUAAAAACACAACCUCCCUUAUUCAACCGCUCGACCAAGAGAUAAUAAAAGCAUGCAAGGCACAUUAUCGGAGAUUCCUAGUGAAUGCGUUGGUGGAAAGAGGAUUGGACCCCGUUGCGUUCCUGCAGACAGUCACAGUGAAGAAUGCUGUUCUUCACACAGACAAAGCCUGGAUGAAGGUGACGCCAGCCACCAUCAACAACUGCUGGAUGAAGGGCCUUGGGCCAGCAUUCGGGGUUGAUGAUAUCGUGGGGUUUCAAGAAGAAGAUGUCAUCGAUGCUGACUAA